UACUGGAGGGGGGGGUGGAACUACAUGAUCUUAAAGGUCCCUUCCAACCCAAACCAUUCUAUGAUUCUAAGUACAGGAGAGGAAAAGUUCUUGGGCUACCUGGUGGUUCCUCUGUGACCUCAGUGCAGAAUGUGACAGUGGUGGGUACCAGAGCUCAGCAUGCAGUGCUGGCUCUUGCUGCUCACUGUGCUACUGGGGGCUGUGCUCCCUCUGCCCCUGCGCCAAAGCUAUUUUGUCCCUGAAGACUUCUCUGCCCCCUUAGAACUCCCACAGCAGCACUUUGGCUUGGUGGAUGAUUAUGGCAUUAAACCAAAACAGCCUCACUUCAGGACCGUAACACCCCGGGAACAGCCAGCAGGACUGCAGAGGGCUGGCAAAACCAAACGUGAUGAGCUUGACUUGGAGUACUACUAUGAUGCCCAGCUGUGAGGGACAGCAGGGCACUCAGCUUCUGUGUCUUCAUCCUGCAAGAGUCUGACUCCGCCAGUGCAUUAGAAGUCACCCCUGAGGGAUGUGACGGGAAGCUGAGCCAUGGUCACAGCGAGGAGAUGUUUUCACCCCAGCUUGCAUCAUUGAAGGGCUGGAGAAUGCCAACCCCUCCAGCAAUCACAGACUGGGCAGCCAGUGGGCACUUCUCAAAUAGAAUAAACUAAGUAUUUUGUACGAUAAACACGAUUUGUCCAGCCCUCCCCCCUCCCAUC